AUGCCGACGGGGAAUGAUGAUGCAGCCGGUGACACCCAGGGGACCAGAAACCACCUAGUCUUCUUCGUGAAUGGAGCUAAGCAGGUGGUCAAAGAUGCCCAGCCUCAGACAACACUGCUGCAACAUCUCCGGGCGGCCGGCCUGACCGGGACCAAGCUUGGAUGUGGGGAGGGUGGGUGCGGGGCAUGCACGGUGAUGGUGUCUUCCUUCGACUCGGACAAGAAGCAGAUCAAGCACGCCGCAGUCAAUGCCUGCCUGGCGCCCGUGGGACCACUCACGACAAGCGGGGUGGUGGUAUUUUUUAGAGAUUGA